AUGUCUCAACUGCUGUUAGGAGCUACCAUUAUCCUUCUGGUAGUUGUCGGAAUUGUGAGCGCAGACAUCAUGGGUUUCGCAUUUUGGAAAGGCAACCAGUUUCCUGUGGAGGGAAGAACGGUCCUGCUUACUGGUUCGUCCCAGGGAAUGGGCUGCGAAAUCGCCCGUCUACUCUCUGCUCGCGGCGCGAACCUCAUCCUCGUCGCACGUACUGCGAAGAACCUCGAAACUGCUCUUGCACACGCGAAAUCACAUGCAAAGAAUCCUUCGAGCCAACGUUUCACCUACAUCUCCGCCGACGUAACCUCCGAGUCUGAGAACGCACGUAUCCUCAAGGAAGCCACAGCCUGGAACAAUGGCCGCAUGCCGGAAAUUGUGUGGUGUGUCGCAGGGUCUUCAGUACCCGGGCUGUUCAUCGAGACGAGCACUGAUACCCUAAGAAAACAAAUGGAGCUCAACUAUUUCGCGACGGCAUACAUGGCACACAAGACACUACAGGCGUGGCUCUACCCCGAAGUACCGUACAAGCCACAAGAAAAGGGCUCUGCACUGGAGCCACCUCGCAAGUUCAUCAUGACCUCAUCAGCACUCGCCUUCAUGAAUAUAGCAGGUUACUCAGCCUACUCCCCUGCCAAAGCCGCCAUUCGAUCCCUCGCCGACGGUCUCCGCUCAGAAGUCCAACUCUACAACGCAGCGCGUCGCUCCAAGACCGGCACCACCUAUGUUGCACCUGCGCCUUUCGAUGUUAACAUUCACGUCGUCUUCCCGGGCAGUAUACUAUCCCCUGGCUUCGAGAACGAGAACAAGACCAAACACCCUGUGAGCUUCGAACUAGAGUCUUCAGAUCCCAAGCAGACUGAGCUCGAAGCUGCGACAGCAGCGAUCAAAGGACUCGAGGGCGGCGAUUUCAUGACGCCUACAAACUGGCUGGUGCAUCUGAUGCGUUGGGGUUCUAUAUCGGGCAGUCAGAGGAACAACGUGGUUCUCGAUACAAUAGGAGCUUGGGUUGCGACGCUUAUUUGGUUGAUCAUGGUGCCAGACCUGAACGGCAAGGUCUGGAAUUGGGGCAAGAAGAACGGAAUGCCAACAUUUAGGCCGAACGCACAGUAG